AGAAGGUGGGCUGAUUCUGGAAGCCAUUACGCCAGUGUCGCAGCGUGGAGGCCGUGGAGAGGGGUUUGUUGAGUGGUUUCGGUACGCAAUUUGCGUAUCGUUGGCGGUUCCAAAGCGGGAGUUGGGGGGCACGGGUACCUUCGGGCCCCAAGGGGCCUCGGGCUCCCCUUGUCCUCACCCGCGGGCGUGAGCGGGCCCGGGGGGUCCCUGCCGCUCCUCGGUCCUAUCUAGACUCUCCCAGCGCCUCGUGGGCCUAGCCAGCCCCCCUUACCCUCCAGGUGUUCCCCAGUGCCCCCUUCUCGGUGCCCCCCUUGGCCAUGGCGUCGCCCCCACCGCCCCCACCCAAGAAGCGGAAGACGAAUUUCUCUGAGCGGGAGGUGGAGAUUAUCGUGGAGGAGCUGGAGCGAGGCAAGCACCUUCUCAUCAACCACUUCAAUGCAGGCGUGCCUCUAGCCACCAAGGCCGCUGCCUGGCACGACAUCCUGUGCCGCGUUAACGCCGUUGCCACCUGCCACCGUGAGCUGCCAGAGGUCAAGAAGAAAUGGUCCGACCUCAAGACCGAGGUGCGACGCAAAGUGGCCCAAGUCCGGGCUGCUUUGGAAGGGGGAAGUGAGAACCAAAAUGCCAAUGACAAUGGGCCAGAGAAUGAAGACCCAACGGGAGCUGCAACUGCCCCAGUUAUCCUCACCCCCAUGCAGCAACGCAUCUGCAACCUGCUGGGAGAAGCCACCAUCAUCAGUUUGCCAAGUGGGGACUGCAGCGCAGGUGAUGGUUCUGAGAUACCCAUCACUGACUCAACUGCCACAGUCACCCUGACCCCAAUUCCUGCAGAAGCAGCCUACCAGAAUCUGGAGGAUAGAACGGUGGAAUAUUGCACAACAGAAGCCACUACCACAGUCACUGCCGAAGCCCCCUUGGAGGUGAUGGCACGUCAACCCGAAGUGCCUACAAAACCCCAGGAGCUGAAAAACCGAAUCGCUCUGAAUUCAGCCAAGCUCUUGCAGGAACAGCGAGUGACCAACCUACACGUGAAGGAGAUUGCCCAGCACCUGGAGCAGCAGAAUGACUUGCUUCAGAUGAUCCGUCGCUCACAGGAGGUGCAAGCAUGUGCCCAGGAAAGGCAGGCACAAGCCAUGGAAGGAACACAGGCAGCGCUUAGUGCACUCAUCCAGGUCCUCCGCCCCUUGAUUAAAGAUUUCCGUCGAUUUUUGCAGAGCAGUGCAUCCAGUUCAUCGUUCGCUGCUGACCCAAACCAGUCAGGGCAGCAAGAUAGCAUGAUCUAGUGAAAGCAACAGUGAUGGGAUGUCUUCUUUGGAAGAAAUCUGCCCGUGCUGCCACUGGACACGAGGAAUGAGGGGUGCUAGUUCUUUUCAAUGUAAAAUGGCUCGCCCUGGAGUCCUGCUGAGCCUAAAUAGCUUUAUUUCUUUGCUAAUCUUAUGCUAAUCUGCCUUUUCAGAUUCACAGAGCCCUAGCUGGAUGUGAAAUAAACCAGGAACUUAACAUUACUUUAGUUCCUCAAACCAUAGAUUUAUUUUUUAAAAAGACUUUUUUUUUUUUAAUUUCUGUUUGGAAAAAACCUCCCCUGAGACCUCUCUCUCAAGAUCUAAAUAGCCUUUAUCUGACUCCCGACGUGGACAGUCUUGUGAUACCACAGUCUUCCAGCUGCCAAGGUGCUGCUGACCAUAAACUGUAGCACAUGGCAAUGAAUGCUUUGCUGUCUCUUGCUGAAAGCAUUUGCUGGCAACGUGGUAUCGAUGUGGUAGAACCUUCGUUCUACACCAAGAGUUAUGGAUACUGCCUUUGUAAUGUGACAUCUAGCCUGUGCAGACCAGUACAAAGCCUACACGUGGUUUAAAUCCAACCUACAUUCCGUGAGGAUAUCAAUGGGAUUAAAAUAGUACGUUCAGCUCAUGGUCUGUCUGUGUGCAGUCAUGAUAUGUCACUAUAAACUUGUCAGAUGUGAUGAAAAUUUGAUGUCUUGGUUACUAGAUACUGUCCUGGAAAUGUAUUGGAAGCAAAAUAUCACCUCUCCCAGCACAGUCAAUACAUCAGGGCCUGGAUGAGUUUCACUCAGGUGGGUGUUAAGAGGGGAAACUCCAUCUUCCUUUCCUCUGCAUAAUCUGUCACCUCCGUAAUUCAUCAAGUGGACCCAGAAUGCAGAGUUUCUGCCACACAGUAAUUACUAACAUCUGGGAGUUUCUCAGCCACUGAUGUAAUGGAGUGAAUUUUGGAGUGUUCUUUGCUUCUGCUGGUGAUGAUGGUAUUUGUCCUGCACUUGUUAGGAGCUGGAAGUGAGUGCAGCCCUUCAUUGUUAGUCUGUGAGCUGCCUUUGGGGACAUUGCUGGACAUGGGUCUGAGGCUCACCUCACUACUUUCUUACCAUUAUACAGAAUACAACUGCAGCCACUUUUCUCUAAGGUGCUAAGGCUGUGGCCUUGGUCCUCAGUGAGAAAGCUUCAUUUCACAGGGUGGUGAAUGUGAUUCUGGCAGACUUGCAGUAACUUCUUAAAGUUUUAGAUUAAAAGCUCCACUUGCGCAUGCAUGGAGGCAAACUUCAAAAGAAAACAAGAGAAAAAGAAGGGAGCACAACCUUCUUACUGUACCUUGCAGUGUGUCACACUUAACAGGCUUGUUGCUUGUCAGAUACUGCUUUUAAAAUAGAACUUUUUCAGAGCUGGUGUUUGCUCUCUGUUGUGUCUCUUAUUUAGGGCUGAGAUGUGGUGAGUGACAACUGAUGAAUCAGGGAAUGAAUUUGCAAAAUCAAAUUAAGCCUUUACAGAAUGCAUUAUGGGGGCAUGCUGCUGGGGGCCCUCUGGGUAGAGCAGCAGGUGAAGAGGCUACUGCUGCCUAUCUCCAGCCUUUACUUAUCUCUCAUCUAUAAAGCUGACGGGAGGAAGAGAACAGUAUGAUGAGGAGGCUUCAGCCCCUGAAAGAAUCCCAACGCUUCAGCCCUGACGACUGAGUCAGGGCAGCAUCAGCCGCGUCUCUCCUCCUCGUCCGGCAUCUCAGCAUAUGUGGAGAAAUCAAAUCAGUUGUUCAACUGAAAUUUAUUUUUUAAGUGAAAACUCUGUCAUACGUAUUGGUUUACCUCAUUUGUGUAAUGAUCUUUCCUUUACAAAUAAAAGUUUUAGUAAAAAAAAAAACAUUUUUAGUAAAGAGGCCAUUUCAGUUCACUGAUACAUUCCAGGGCAAAAGUGAGUUUGUGACAGGUUGACAACACAAUUCUGUGAAA